CUGGCCGGAGCGAGAGUGUUGUGAGAGUUGAGGCAGGACGCUGGAAGGGAAAAGAAGAGCAAGGAGAAGAAAAGAAGCAAGACGGGAUAAAAACACAGAGAAAAAAAGAGAGAGGAAAAAGAAACAGAGAGAAAUCUGGCACCGGUGUGAGAAACGAGGGGAAAAAAAGCGCUGCGACGGAGCUGUGCGAGGAGGCGGGAGCGGCAUGGUGCAGCAGGCGCAGCGCGAGGAGUGCGAGGGCGCGGGCAGGGGGGACGCCGGCGCCGACUCGGAUGAGAGCGAGUUCGCCGCGCGCAGCCCCGCGCCCGGCGCCGAGGCCAACCCAGACUGGUGCAAGACGGCCACGGGCCACAUCAAGCGACCCAUGAACGCCUUCAUGGUUUGGUCCAAGAUCGAGAGGCGCAAGAUCAUGGAGCAGUCGCCGGACAUGCACAACGCCGAGAUCUCCAAGCGCCUGGGCAAGCGCUGGAAGAUGCUCAAGGACAGCGAGAAGAUCCCGUUCAUCCGCGAGGCCGAGCGCCUGCGCCUCAAGCACAUGGCCGAUUACCCUGACUACAAGUACAGGCCGAAGAAGAAGCCCAAGCUGGACGGCGCCAACGCCGGUGCCUCCAAGCCGGAGAAGGCGGCGUCGUCGCCGGAGAAGGCGUGCGCCAAGGCGUCCAAGAGCGCCGCGAGCAAGCGCUGCCCCAAAGCCAAGGCGAGCAGCAAGUCCGGAGCCAAAGCGGCGGCGCACCAUCACCUCCACCAGCAGCAGUUCCAGCACCAUCACGGCGACGAGUACGCGCUAAAGAGCACGAGAGGGGCGGCGGGCAAGAGCGCGAGGAGCAGCAUGGACUUCUCGGACGACGACGAGGACGAGCACGACGAGCACAGCCUCGAGGACGAGUGCGAGGAGCGCGCGCGGGUGCCCGCCAGCCCCACGCUCAGCUCGCCGGGCGAGUGCGAGGGCGCGAGCAUGUACGAGGACGUGCGCAGCUCGCGGCUCUACUACAGUUUCAAGAACAUCACCAAGCAGCAGAGCGGCGUGCACGCCUACUCGCUCGCGCACUCGGCGUCAGCGUCGCCGGCUUCAGCCUCGUCCCGCUCAGCCUCCACGUCAUCUUCAGGCUCGUCGGACACCGACGACCUGCUGUUCGACUUUAGCCUGAACUUCGCGGCGGCGGCGGCGGCGGCGCACGGCGCCGAGAGCGGCGGCCAGAACGCGGGCGGCCUCGCGCUGUCGCUCGUGGAUAAAGACUUGGACUCGUUCAGCGAGGGCAGCCUGGGCUCUCACUUCGAAUUCCCCGACUACUGCACGCCCGAGCUGAGCGAGAUGAUAGCCGGGGACUGGCUCGAGAAGAACUUUUCAGACCUGGUCUUCACGUACUGAGUACUGAACAUUAAACCAGAGUAAAACUCAAUAACAAUGACCGCUCAACACGUCUGAGGAGAAGAAAACACACAAAGACGUGUAGCUACAAAGUUUGGUUUGGCCGCCCUCCUCGCUGUGCCGUUAGCCUGGCUGAGGAGGAGAAGCAGGAGGAGAAGCAGGAGGAGGAGGCGGGGAGAGAGAGAUAGAGAGAGGGGAGGUUUGAGGAAGCAGAUGCGUACGAAGCUGGUACUGUAGCAAAAGAUAAAAUAAAAUAAAAGAGAAAGAAAAAAGCGAAACAAAAAAGUCUGCAAACCUUUUUUUUAUCUAGCAGCAUGACAGGGUUUUAUGGAUUUUUUUGUCGUAGGUCUACAUUUACUGAUCGAUUCAAAAACGGACCACGAAGGGGAAAAAAUCUAAGAACUUCUAUGCAUCGUACCCUCUUUCUUUCUAACUGCAGGGAGCUGAACUCGUUGAGACUGUGGACUGAGUCGAAGCAAAAUCUGUGAACUGUUAGUUCCUGUUUUGUUUUUGGUUUUUUUUUCGUUUUUUUUCCAGAACGUUUACUUUCUAACGGUCGUUUGUGACGUUUACUUUCCAACGGUCGUUUGUGACGUUUCUUAAACGCUGCGAAAAAAAAACAAAAAAAGUUUAUUGUUUUUGUAACCGACGCCGUUUUCUGUACCGGUUUGAAACUUUAGCAGCCUAAACUCCUCUCCAGCUGUCGCAGGUGUUUUGGGAGGACACAUUUUGAUACAUGAACAGACCUCAUCUUUUUAAAAGAAAGCAAACUAUUUUCAGGCAUAUUUUUGUACAGGUCAAAGGGAAUGUUCUUACUGUGCGCUCAGUGAGUUUCAGGCACUUCUUUCCCUUCUCGUUUGGUUUUAGCAUGCAAGGGAGUUCUGAUUUUAAGGAUUAAGUUAAGACUUGCAUCAAAACAAACAAAAAAAAAUUAAAUGCCUUGUGAUUUUAAGCUAGGUUUUUUUUUUCUUUUUUGUACAGUUGUAGAUCAGAUUUGUUGAGUAUUUGUAGAACAUAUGGCAUUUGUGGGGAGAGACGUACCUCCAUGCUGGUACUAGUUUGAAGAUUGUAUAUGUACUGUAAAAUAGUAAAAGUUAGGAGUUUAUGUAUAUCAUACUCGUGAUAUGUGGAUGGGUCCCAAAUCGCAGGUGUGAAACUGGAUUUUUUUUUCUUUUUAAUGGCACAUACUGUUUCCCCUUCAUUUUGUUUGUGCAAUAUAUUUACUUGUAAAUGCAGACCAUCUACAUUUUUGUUGUAGCAAAUGAUGGACAGGCAGACGCAAGUGCUGUCAACCACACUAUCUGUCAUGUUGCUGAAGUCUGGCUUUGCAGCUAUGAGGAAAGAAAGGCAUCAGCUGGAACUGAUAGGAAACAUGAAAAUGACCACAAGGCAGUGAUGCAUUUCUGUGGAAAGAAAACUUGCAUCGCUUAUGAUAAUCCUUAGAAUAAACGACCCAUUAAACUGGACAGUUGACAUCCCUAAACAAAUCUGUAAAGUUUGACCCAGUUUGUUGGCAACAUAUGUGUCAGGAUGGGCUAGUGUUGGUCCUAGGUGGUCCGGCUGAGA